CAGCGCCCAGCGAUGACGUGUUCUUCCAGCGCCACGUCGUGAGGAAGUGUCGGCCUGUUGGAGCGGUUGGAAGACGCUGCCCGGAGCCGAGGAGGUUCUGGGUUCCAGCGGUGAACGAAAAGAGAGAGAGAGUUUUCUGGCUGGUUUCAUCUUGUUCUGGGCUCAUCUUCUGUCAGGGCAAGAACUAUGUCAUGGAUCAAGGAAGGAGAGCUGUCACUUUGGGAGCGGUUCUGUGCCAACAUCAUAAAGGCAGGCCCAAUGCCCAAACACAUUGCGUUUAUAAUGGAUGGGAACCGUCGCUAUGCCAAGAAGUGCCAAGUGGAACGGCAGGAGGGCCACUCACAGGGCUUCAACAAGCUGGCUGAGACUCUGCGCUGGUGUUUGAACCUGGGCGUCCUAGAGGUGACGGUCUACGCGUUCAGCAUUGAGAACUUCAAGCGCUCCAAGAGUGAGGUAGACGGGCUCAUGGAUCUGGCCCGGCAGAAGUUCAGCCGCUUGAUGGAGGAACAGGAGAAACUGCAGAAGCAUGGGGUAUGCAUCCGGGUCCUGGGUGAUCUGCAUUUGUUGCCCUUGGAUCUCCAGGAGCUGAUUGCACAAGCUGUGCAGGCCACCAAGAACUACAACAAGUGUUUCCUGAAUGUCUGCUUUGCAUACACAUCCCGUCACGAGAUCAGCAAUGCUGUGAGAGAGAUGGCCUGGGGAGUAGAGCAAGGCCUGCUGGAUCCCAGUGAUGUCUCUGAGUCUCUGCUUGAUAAGUGCCUCUAUACCAACCACUCUCCUCAUCCCGACAUCUUGAUACGGACUUCUGGGGAAGUGAGGCUCAGUGACUUCCUGCUCUGGCAGACCUCCCACUCCUGCCUGGUGUUCCAACCCGUUCUGUGGCCAGAAUACACGUUUUGGAACCUCUGUGAGGCCAUCCUGCAGUUCCAGAUGAACCAUAGCAUGCUUCAGGAUUUUCAGGGGGCAGGAGUCCGAGACCAAACUCCUACAGUAGUCCAGCAGAAGGCCCGAGACAUGUAUGCAGAGGAGCGGAAGAGGCAGCAGCUGGAGAGGGACCAGGCUGCAGUGACAGAGCAGCUGCUGCAAGAGGGGCUCCAGGCCAGUGGGGACGCCCAGCUCCGAUGGACACGCUUGCACAAACUCUCAGCCAGACGGGAAGAGCGGGUCCAAGGCUUCCUGCAGGCCCUGGAACUCAAGCGGGCUGACUGGCUGGCACGUCUGGGCACUGCAUCAGCCUGAGGGAGGCUGGCCUCCUGUCACUUUGCCCUGCCCUUUGCCACCCCCCGUCCCCCCCCACCAGGGCCCUACUCCUCUUUCUUUUCUUGGUGAAAGGCACCUCCCUCCUGAUGAAUUGUGUUCCCUUUGCUUGGCAGGGGAGCCCCAGAGGCCAGGUCUGCUGGCCAUAGAUACCUUUGGGCUGCCUGAGACAGUGGCCCCUAGGGAGGGUUGAGGGCGAGAGUCUCCCACAAGUACACUAAACCCAGCUCUGCUGGUCAGUAGGUUUGGACAGCAGGGGGCCCCAACUCUUCUGCUGCCUGCUCCUUCCACGCGUGUGCUCCUAGACACACUUUCUUUUUCCACCAGCACAUCCUUCGAUACACAGAAUUGAGGGGAAGAGCUCUCCCCAAACCCUCGCCCUUUACCCAUCUUCUUAGCCUUCCACCUGACUUUCACAAAAGAUUUGGUUCCACCUCGGAUCUGCUGGUAAAUAGCUAAUAGGCAGCCAGCAUAAUUUGGGCAAGGAAGGGGAGGGAGAGAGAGAAAAAAUGUGCCCAUCUGCUGCUCCUCCCCCUUGGCUCUCCACCUGGGAUUUGCUAUUGAAUCUCUACCCCCUCCCACCCUGCAGUGCUGAUUGCUCACUGAAAGGCUCAGCGCCCCCAAUGGCGCCGAAGCCAGGCGGGUGAUUACAAUCCAAUUACCUAUUGUCGACUCAGCCCACACAAGCUUUUCUCCUCCUUUUGCAGGGCAUGGGGCCAGGUUCCGCUCCCCAGUGAGACUGGCCCCCUCGAGGGGUACAGGGUAACAGAAGAGCCUCUAGGCCCUGGUGAAUCUAAUCCAGCACAGGCCUCCUUCCCUGGAACACAUCAGGACCAAGAGCACAGAAACAAGUGCUUCUCCCGGCUGACUGGGCCUCCUGACCUCACCAUCUCAGACUGCUUCCCACCUCCUCAAUCUGUGAGGCUUCUUCUCUCAGCUUUUUGACCUGGCCCCCUAACUAGGCCCUGAAACAAUUUGUUCUCAGCAUGGCAGAAUCUCAGCUUGGGAGGGCCAAGGCUGCCCAGCAGGAAGAAGGCCAAAUCAAGGGCCAUGUCCUUUCCCUUACCUCUCCCUGCCAGACCUCGCUGCAGAGCUGCUGAGAGGAUUAGUGCCUUUGAAGAGUUGUCUGCCUGAGCAAUUCUGUGCUUCAGGUGCAGCAAGCACCGGCCGGUAAUACCAACCAAACGCUAUUCUGUUUAGUCUUCCCGUUUUACUUUCUGCAAACUGUUUCCCAGCACCUCCCUCUAGGGGAGAGGGAGGGUCCUGCAAGCAGUGGUAAGAGCAUACUCUUUAAAUCCCUAACUUUCCUAUACUCCAGUCUCCUCUUCCCCUUCCUGUGCCUGAAUACCUGGCACAAGAGACCCCUUGGCCAUCCUCCCUGCUCCCAGAAUCAAUUGUAAAUGCCAGACACUGCGAUUGAGAAGCCAACCCAUGCACCUUUGGCAAGCCCCCCCCACACACCUGGCACUCCCCACUACCAAUGGCUGGCAAAGGGUUCCCAGAGAGCAGGUGCUGUACAUUUUCCAGCUUUACAAUGGGGCUGUUGACAGCCUUAAUUAGGGAGGCAUGAAUUAUGCGGCUAUAAUACAGAGCCCUACAAUUAAGGCGGGAAUGAGGGGCUGGAGGCAGCAAACGGAAUCUGCCCUGUGAGCGUGGCUGUUGAGUCCUGUCUCCGUUCUCUGUCUGACUUUGCCUAAUAUGACUUGGGUACAGCAGAGGUGAUUAAUGGGGCUGGUAUCUCCCUUUGGCCUGAGGUCCCGUGUUCUGGGAGAGGUGCACAGAGUGGGGUGGGGUGAGGUGGGGUGGGGUGGGAGGGGAGGGGCUGCCCCAGGAGGCACUGUAGGGGUGGAAAGAGACUGAGAGGCCACCUAGAAGCAGGGGCUGCAGAUAGUUGAACUCAUUGUGGUUGCUUUCUACCAGUAUGAUUUGUGCAAACCAGCUUCAACCCUUGCCUCAAGAAAUAGGUGGGGACCUAUUUAAAUGUCUUCCUACUUUUGAGCUGAGCCCCCACUUGAGGAUAUUUACCGUGUUUUUGUGUUCUCCUGGGUGUCAAAUAGAAUUUUAAGAAUUCUUUCUUGAAUGUAAAACUUGUUUGCUACCAGUGCAAUGUAAAGAACAUCUUGUUUUGCUGCUGCAA